AUGUUGCUGUUGAUAUUUGAACAUGGCUGGGGUUCAUUAUCGGUAUGCACCGAGUGUUUGUUUAAAGUUUUGGUGAUUGGAGAGAGGUGUGUUGGAAAAACGAGCUUUAUAACGCGGUACGUUAACAUGCGGUUCAAGGAGAUGUACAAGGCAUCGAUUGGAGUUGACUUUGCGUUGAAAACGAUCGAAUGGGACAAUAAAACAGUGGUGAGACUUCAGCUUUGGGACAUUGCAGGUCAGGAGAGGAUUAGGAACAUGUCCGGAGUAUACGACAAGGAGGCCAUGGGGGCGUUUGUGGUCUUUGACACGACCAAGAUGGAGACAUUAGAGGCUGCCUCACAGUGGAAGCAUGACCUAGAUAGCAAAGUGAGACUGGUCAGUGGAAGCCCUGUCCCUGCUGUCCUGUUUGCCAACAAGUGUGACCAGACAGGGAACAAGGAGCUGUCUGCCCUCAUGGACAACUACUGUAAAGAGAAAGGCUUCCUGGGUUGGUUUGAGACGUCAGCAAAGGACAAUCUCAAUGUUGACGAGGCAGGGGCCUUCCUAAUGGAGAACAUGCUGCGGAUUGACAGAGGGCUGUCCAGCAGAGACAACGAAAAUGACAGGAUCAACAUGAGCCAGUCCAAGGCAACAUUUAAAUGCUGCUAG